AUGGACAAGUACCUUUCCAGCGAGGUGCCCCCCAUGCCGAUGCUGCCGGACAAGAAGUACCGUCGGGAGAGCGCCUCGGUGGUGGACGAGUUCUUCUCCACGGAGAAGCCCAGCUCCACCCCCUACAGCGUCAACAUCAACGUCAUCCUGCCGGACACGACCCACCUGCGCACGGGGCUCUACCGGCCCCCCAAGCCCAUGGCACCCUUCCCACAGAUCAAAACCGAGCCCGGCACCGGCUUCGCCCAGCCCUGCUCGUCGGCGCCCGGCCCCACGCAGACCCUGCCCGACUUCACCAGCGUGUUCAGCAUGCCCCAGUCGGUGGCGGUCAACAACAUCUUCAUCAAGCAGGAGAUGCCCUCGGAGGAGCGUCUGGAGCAGGGCAGCCCAGAGGCUUUGCCUAGUCCAGGUGAGAAGCCCUACAAGUGCACCUGGGAGGGCUGUGACUGGCGCUUCGCCCGCUCUGACGAGCUCACCCGGCACUAUCGGAAGCACACGGGGGCCAAGCCCUUCAAGUGCCUCGCCUGCGGCCGCUGCUUCUCCCGCUCCGACCACCUGGCCCUGCACAUGAAGAGGCACCAGAACUAGGAGUUGCCUCCUUCCCACACUUCUCCAAGAGCAGCUGGAACUCUUUCCUCCUCCGAGGGGCCUCCCCUCGUGCUGUACAUAGGAACAAACCCACGCUGUGAUCAACUGGCAGGGCAGGGAUGGCGGGUGAACCCCCUGCCAGGCCUGUCCCCGACUCCU